GAAGACACGUGUCGCGGUCGCAACCUGGUGAACAGAAAUAUGCGGACCAUGCUGAGGAGCAAGAGCGUCCUAGCUCAAGCAGAAUACGGAACCAAAUUCGAUUGGCGGCAGUAAUAUCAACAAGCACAUCUUCGUCUUCUCUGAAGAAUCAAGAAAAACAGCAUCUAGGAACAUCAAAAACAAGAAAGUCCCCAUCCUCGAGGCCCUCUUUCUACUCCAUGUCGACCGUUCUCUAUUGCCUCUUCCUCACGAUUUUCUUGAGAAUAGGAGAUUCCUUCGCCGCAGACCCUCGCUACAGGACCUACCUAGACCGGACUAAGCAGUACCUAGAGGAUGCGAAGGAGGCGAAUGCGAUGGCGAAGCAUUAUGAGGGCCUCCUAGAGCAGGCCAAGGCAGACGUAGUAGCAAAGACGAAGGCUGCGACGGCUAAGGAGGUGGAGAGGUUGCAUGUGAAGGAGUGGGCGGCGGCUGUCAAGAAAGUCCAAGACAUGCUGGACAAUCCUGGAGCUGGGAACGCGGCAAAAGCAGCAGCAAAGGCAAGUGCGCCGUUUGCUAAAGGUAAGUGGAUGUGGAAUUAUAUUUAUAUCGAAAUUAAUGCUAAAAAUGGUGUAUAUCGAAAUUGAUCUUGAUGGUGUCCUCAUUAUCUUUAUACUUCUUGUAGUAGGUUUUGUUGAUAAAUAUAUCACGACCUUCACCAACAUCUUCUGAACCCCGAUACUGACACCAAUCCCAGCCGCUACUGCCUACCACGCUAGCAUGGUCGGUUACAACACUGCUGCGCAAGACUACGCUACUAGGGUGCAAGAGGACGUGGCUUUUGCGCAUCAGCUGCAGAGUUUCGCGAACCAGAACAACCUAGAAGGCAAGACCGAGUUAGGAGAACAAUUUCACUCGCAAGCAGUGAAUCUGAUGAAGCAAGCCUCUGGGUACGAAAAACUCGCGAAGGAGUACAAUUUGAUGGCCCUGAAGAUGCAGACAGCUAUUCCUCAGGUACCUUUAUGGUCAAGGUUAUGAUCUUCAUGUGUAAAAGUAGGAGUUGUUUUUAUCGUUUCUAAUUUUCGGUACUCUAUCCUGAAAACUUGCAAUCACCCGUAGUACUUGUUGUCAGUGAUGCACUAUAUAUAGAUGAACAUCUUCACUACACCACUCCUUGAUACAAAAACCAUAACAGAUCACUGCGGAGUCGAACCAGGCAGCAGCACAUGCAGCUUUUAAGGUGGACCCCGGUAAUAGCUUGCCGAUCGAAGAGGUAUACCACUACACGGUCGAGCCGCCAUAUCUAGAUGCCGCGGGAAACCCGGUUUUGCCGGAUAAGGAGGUGGUGCCGUGAAUUCGAUGCGCUAUUCGGUAUAAUGGAAGGAUGAGGAAGAGCUGUUGCUCUGCUGGUGUAAAGCUGGGUUUACAGGAUGCAACAAAUGUUACACAACUUUUCAUUACCACGAAUACAGAUUUUGAUUCAGAUUUUGUUGUGCUUACCGGCAGCACCACUGUCACUGACUGAUUCUUCAUGGCAAACGCAUAUCGGGUUUUGGUAAAACCUUUUUUCCUUGAAAACAGAUUCAAGACAAACCUGUGGUUCCAAACUGCAGAUGAGACGCUUUUUGUUUCAUUUGAAGAAAUGUUUUUCUUCGCAUGUUUGUUUCGCGGUUACGAGGCUUGAUGUUCCAUGAACAUCCUUGAAGUCUAUACUCCUCGGCUUCAUGGGUAGAUCUCAGUCUUAGAAGAUGAAGAUCUUGAUCUAGAUUAGCAAGGCGCGUGAAUGAAAGACAGGAUCUCCUGUAAGAAAAUGGAAUCCACUUGUGGAUCAAUCUUUUUUUUUGCCAAGUUGUUGCGUAGUUCAGAUCACCCAACAAAUCAAAUCGAAAACAACAACUAUUUUUGAGCCAUGGUCCGGAUCACCUCUUUUUCUGGUUGCGUUGGCGGCGGUAAGAAACUGGAAUUGCGAAUUUACUUUUUGGUUUUUGAAUUUUAUCUACUUGGUGCUAUUUACAUUUAGCUGGACUACAAGAAUUGAAAUCGAGUCUUAGUUGUAGUCAAAUGGAAAUCUGCAUCUGCUUGGAGCGUAGUCCAUAUCCGAAAUUGACGAUCAUUUUGGGCAGAUGAGAACUAAU